CUUCCAAACAGUUUCAGAAAAAUAUCAGAAACAGAGACAUGGAAACGGCGUCGUUUAACCCUUCUUCUCCGGCCAAUCUCCCGUCGUUUCUCCUCCUCUUCGUCUCCGUCUACCUCCUCGGCUACUUCCUCAUCUUCCGCUCGUGGAAAUCAUCCCACCUAGGCGCCAGCUGCUUAAUGUCGCUGUUCCACGGCACUCCCGCCGUCGUACUAGCUUCUCACGCUCUCCUAACAACCCCACGCGCCUUCGCUUCUCCCAACACCGCCGUGGAGUCCUCCGUCCUCGACUUCAGCAUGGCCUACUUCACGAUCGACCUCCUGCACUACCUCGUCUUCCUCCCGAGCGACUUCCUCUUCAUCCUCCACCACAUCGCGACGCUCUACGUCUUCGCCACGUGUCGAUUCGCCGUAGGUCACGGCGCUCACGCGCUUCUCCUACUCUUGGUCUUGGCGGAGGCGACGAGCGCGUGCCAGAACGUGUGGACGAUCGCUGGCUACAGGAAGAACGACGUCGUGCUGGCGAGGAAGGUGAGGGAGCUUUUGUCUCCUCCUUUCUACUUGUUCUACACUGUGGUUCGUGGAUUGGCGGGUCCGGUGGCUCUGUACGAUAUGGCGUCGUUUUACGGAAGCGGAGCCGCGGAGGGAGCGAUCCCGCGGUGGGCGUGGAUAUCGUGGCUUGUUGUGAUUGGCUCUGCUAUUGUGCUUAGUGUUUUGUGGGUUUUACGAAACUGGGUUGAUUGGUUUAGGGAGAAAAACUCUGGCAAGAAAUUUAAAUGACCUCUAUUUAUUUUAUUAAUGUUUGAUUGAUAGAAGUCUAGAUAUCACAUAACAGUGUUCAUAAUAAAUUUAUUUGAUUGUAUUUGUGUAAUGUAUGUACAUUGAUGAUGAUAUUUCUAUAGUAAAUUGUAGUUGUUUUAUUUAAUUUUUGUCUGAAUUAAACUGCAAAUGUGAACUUUGGCAAAUAAAAAAUAAGGGAAAAUAAUGUUCCUUUUCUUUUCCAGAAAGUAUAAAAAUACUAUAUUACUGUCAAAAAGUGAAUUUAAUUGUCAUUUGCAAUCUAUACUAUACUAAAAGGUGGAUAUCCUCCCCUCUAAACCUAUCCACGUCAGUUAAUAUAUUCAGCCAAUCAGAGAGCAUUAUUAUGCUACGUCAUACGAAGUUUUAAGUCAACUAAUAUAAAAUCGGGCCAGGCGUUUGGGCCAUUAAUAAUAUCCAGUGCCAAUAUGAAGCCCACCUCAUCAAUACCAAAUCUCCAAUGAAAGUUAUUAAUUUAUUAUCGUGGCUGACUCUUCUUCUUCGAAGCUGUGUGAACGCUCACGGUCUAACUCCUCCUCUCAAUUGAUGAUUUUGAGAAACGUCUGCAAUUAUGACAUUCAAGGAGAGGGAUCGCCGUCGAUAGUAUCAACGGUGGAGAGAACGAAGACGAACCGGAGAAGAAAAGUGAAGAAGAGCAGAGAUUAAAACAUCAUCUGAUACGAGAAUCUUCUAGAACCCUACCUUCUUUUUUAUGAACUCUCUCAAUCCUUUCCCCGUGACUACCGUCACAUGUCUUAAGCUCGGAGAUAUAUGCAGCUGCAUCUCUCUGUUUAUGUCUUUGUUUUCCUCUUUCUUCUCUUAUCUGAAUGUGGGUUUCUUUGAAAGGAGAUGGAUGUCCGAAGAGGAAAUAUUGAUCUUACGUUGUUAUGUAUUGUUUGAUUAUUCAAAAGGGUCUAUGUCAUUCACCUAACCUUGCUUUGUGUUUAGGUUACUAAUGGCAGAUCGUAUCUGAUUUCCUGUUGUUCAUUUUGUCUCAGGUGAUUUGGCAAGGAAGAGCCCAAGAUUCACGGUUAACAGAUGAGAGCUAAGAAACAGAGGAUGUCGACCAUUGACACCAGAAGAGAUUGAUUCAUUCCUUUUACCUCCAGGUUUCUCCUAGAUGUCACAUUAUACUUUACCGGAUCUUUUGCUCUCGAUGCAGCAAUAGUAGUUGGUGGCCUUCCCAGGAUUUGGGUGUUGUAGGGUCUUGAAGAAAACAACACGGGCUGAAGCAUUAAGCAUAGAAACAAGGGGGACCUGUGUGUUUGUACAUGCUGAGCAUUCUAUUGACUCGCCACUUGCUAGGGUAAUCUGUAUAAAUACAGAAAAUAUACUUCUAUCACAGCCUAAUUGGCGCGAACAAGCCCUUAGUCGUGCGGAUACUUCAAUCCGAAGUGGUUCGGUUGAUGUUAUUGUUGCUGACAGUGUAAUUUAGGAGCACUUGAGUAUAAGAUGGGUGAUGCUCAUAUGAUUAUCCAAGCCGCUACGUGUCUUGAACUUCAAAGCAUGGUAGUAUUGAAAAGAAAAGGCUCGCCAAGGUAAUAAAGAAAACAGUAAAAACUCGAGGAAGAGACGUCACUAACCAAUCUCAGAGUCAGUACGUUAGAGCAGAUACCAGAUUAUGAAAGAGUGUUUUGUGGAGAAGAUAGCUGGAGUCAUUGUAGAAUUUGUAAUCAGCGGAUGAUAACACAUCGUGGUCUGGUUUAAAAGAAGCUAAAUGAGAAACUAUCUAUACCAAAGUUAUAUUAUUUUCUUGGAAAUGAAGUGUGUGAACCUUCGAACAGGCGUGGAGAUUCUGCAGAUGAGGAGAGUAAGAGGAACUCUGCAAGUGAUGGGCCAGCGAAAGCUAAGCGCCCAAGAUGUGAGAAGUAGAGCUCCCAUUCAUCUUCUCACUUAUUGCAUGCUUCAAUGAUGUUUAAGUCUUUUUUCAGUUUAAGUAUUGACUUAUGAUUUCCUUUCAGUUUUUUUGCUUUUCAGUGUUUUUUUUCCUUGAAACAUUUUAUCUACUUUGCAUGAUUAGCAGCUAAAAAUCAUGUUUACUGUUUUAUCACUCUGCUUCAUCAGAAUUACAUUGCUCAGUUUAUUAUUUAUGUCUUCAGAAACAGGUUCUAUUGUA